AUGGCCUCCGCUAUACGCAACGACUCAACCCUUCGUGCAAAGGUCCUUGUACCGGAAAAGCUGUCUCCAGACGGCCUCUCUCUGCUAAAAACGAGCCUGGAUGUUGACGAGCGCAAGGGUUUAAGCGCAGACGAACUUCUCAGCAUUAUCCCAGACUACGAAGCGCUGCUGGUACGCUCGGAGACCAAGGUGACGGCGGCUGUCCUCCAGGCUGCAAAGAAGCUCAAAGUUGUUGCUAGAGCCGGUGUUGGAGUCGACAAUAUCGACGUUGAAGCUGCGACUAAAAAUGGCAUCGUCGUUGUAAACUCGCCUUCUGGCAACAUCGGCGCUGCGGCAGAGCAUACAAUCGCGCUCUUGAUGUCCAUGGCAAGGAAUAUCCCAGAUGCAUCCUCGAGUCUGAAGAGCAAUAGUCAGAUAUUUGCUAACUCCACCGUACAUUUAGUCGGCUUGAUCGUAGCCCGUCUGGCUAAAGGGUUGGGCAUGAAAAUCAAUGCAGUUGACCCCUAUGCGUCCUCAGCCGUUGCCGCGUCUGCCUCCGUCACCUUGAUGCCGUCCCUUUCAGUUCUGCUUCCGACUGCUGACUUCCUCACGAUCCAUACUCCCUUGAUUGCAUCUACCAAGGGAAUGAUUUCGACUGCUGAAUUGGCCCAGAUGAAGUCCGGCUCGCGUAUUCUCAACGUGGCCCGUGGUGGAACAGUAGACGAACCUGCUCUACUGGCAGCUCUCGAAUCAGGCCACAUUGCGGGAGCAGCAGUCGACGUCUUCGCCACCGAGCCUCCUUCGCCUGAUUCAGCCUCUGCAAAGCUCAUUGCGCACCCACGAGUUAUACCAACCCCCCAUCUGGGAGCGUCUACGGUCGAAGCGCAGGAGAAUGUUUCGAUUGAUGUAUGCGAGCAGGUACUCCAGAUAUUGGGUGGAGCUUUACCACGCAGCGCUGUCAACGCUCCUCUUAUAUUGCCGGAAGAGUAUAAGAAGCUCCAGCCGUUCGUUCGUUUGGUUGAAAAGCUUGGGAGUAUCUAUACCCAGCAUUACGGCUCAGCAGAAAACCCUCUUUCCAACCGGAGCACCUUUGAUUUGAUAUAUGAAGGUGAAAUUUCAGGGAUGAAUAACACCAAGCCGCUUUUCGCAGCACUUAUCAAGGGUCUCACUUCCCCUAUAAGUAACUCCGCAGGCUUGAACGUGAACAUUGUGAAUGCCGAGCUGGUAGCUCGAGAGCGUGGAAUAAUUGUCAACGAGAAGCACUCAAGAGAUAACCCAUCUCAUUCUUACUCAUCUUUGAUAACUCUCGUUGCUACGGCAGCGAAGAACACUGCAAAAGAGGGUCCGGAGCCACAGGGACAUGAAUAUGACCAGAUCAUCUCUGGGACGUGCUCUGAAUCCCAGCCUCUGAUAUCUCGGCUAGACCGGUUUGCUACAUCUUUUGUGCCCGAAGGUACACUGCUUAUUUGCCAUAAUUUCGAUUCCCCAGGUAAAAUCGGCGUCGUCGGUAGUAUCUUGGGCAAGGAAGGGGUAAAUAUCAACUUUAUGAGUGUUGCACCGGUUUCUAAGGGAAAGCAGCAAAGGACUAACGAGGGUCAAGUCUAUGAUGAAGCUCUAAUGAUCCUUGGGGUUGAUAAAGCAGUCGAUGAGAGUGUGGCAAAGGCACUGGUACAUGAAGGCGGAGUUUUGAGUGCCAGCGUUGUUUCGCUAUAA